AUGAAACUCCUCGCCCCAAUCCUCGUCUUCCUGCUUUCCGUCCUCACCACCGCGACUCCCCUCGCCAUCCCCUUCCCCUCCGACACCCCCGCCAACACCCAAGGCAGCAAGCCCAAACACGACCCCCUCACCCAAACCCCCGCCCACGAACGCCGCGGCGUAGCCUACAACGACGUCGCCUACAACAAGCUCUUCCAAGGCGACGGCACCCACGUCACCUGGCGCUUCAACUGGGACUCCUCGUCUGCGCUCUCACCUGCCUGGUUCCGCUUCAUCCCCAUGCUGCAUUCACUCAGGGACGAUCAUACGGGAAGGUGGAAAGACAAUGCCGAGGCGAUGGCGAGGAAGAAUUUCGAGGAUCAUGGGUUCGCGACGUGGUUGAUGGGGUUUAAUGAGCCGGAUAAUUGCAUUCCUGACGCAGGCGGCUCUUGCAUCGACGUCCCCACCGCCGUUGCCGGUUGGAAGAAACACAUGGAACCGUUGUCCAACUUCAACAGCGCGAUGUAUCUCGGUUCACCCGCUGUUACCAAUGCCGCAGCCUCUGAUACCACGGGUCUGGGUUGGUUGGCCAAGUUUCUGGAAGCGUGCGAUGGAUGUACCAUUGACUUCAUCAACAUCCACUGGUACAACUCCCUCCCCAACUCCGCGCAAAACUUCAAAGACCACAUCGCCAACGCGCGCAAAGUCGCCAAGGGCCUCCCCAUCUGGGUCACCGAGUUCCGGGCCGAAGGCACCGACGACGAGAUCAGGAACUUUCUGGACGACGUCAUGCCGUGGAUGGAUAACUCGCAGGAUAUCCAUCGGUACGCGUAUUUUAUGGCGAGACCGGGUAAGGGCAUGUUGGUUAACGAUGCGGGCGAUGGGUUGAGUGAUAUUGGGAAGGAGUUUGCUUUCUUCCAUAAGCAUGACUCUGAGAAGGAUAGGAAUGGGAAGAGUUAUGGGAAGGGGUGGGAUGGGAGGAGGUGGUGGGAGGAGGAUAAGUGA